AUGAAUGGAAAAUCUCAUCAGCUCGCCGCGGCAGUGCGCGUCGCGCGCCUCCUCCGUGCCGCGCUCCGCUCGUCCGCCCUGCCCGCCGUCGUCAUGUUCUGGGCGAAGAUCGUGAAGACGUUCGCGGGGCGCGGCUCCACCGACCACCUCACGCGCGGCGCGCGACGCGCGCAGGAGCACGCGGACCUCCAUCGCCUCCACGUGCUGACGACGUACUACGCGCGCGACGGCGACGGCGAGGCGUUGCUAAACGACGUCCUCGCGGGCGCGGAGGGGAAAUCGUACGAGCAGCUCAAGGCGUCCGUCUCCGAUAACCUCACGUCGCAGAUCCGCACGAUAUGCGCGGCGGUGCGCGCGUCGCUCGCGUCGCCGAGAGUGCCGCCGAGGGUUGGACCGCGCGGAGGAGGAGGAGGCGACCGCGACCGCGCGUCGUCGUCGUCGUCGUCGCGCGAGGCGAUCGCGAACGAGAUCACGAUUCGACUGGGCUUCGCGUGCGCGAUCCAGAGGUCCACCGCGGGCGCGGGCAGCGGCCGCGGGCUGUUCGUGCGAGGCAAGGUGGACCCGGGGGAGAUCGUGGCGUUGUAUCCGGGCGUGGCGUACGACGUGAGGAGCGUGACACACCUCCCGGGGUUCCCGGAGGUGGCGGCGGCGAAUCCGUACCUCAUCGCGCGAUUCGAUGGCACCGGUGAGACUGGUCCCCGUACGACCCCGUUCGCGUGGUGCACGCCGUUCCUCGAGGACUGGACUUUUCCCGUCGCUCUCUCUUCGCCCGCGCGUCUCUUUCAACUGAUCGACGCGACGCCGUGGGGGAGAGGCGACGCGGUGGCGCCGCGCGGGGUCCUCGACGACGACGACGACGCCGAAUCGACGCCGGCGAGCAUGGGCGUCUGGCCGGGCGCGCCGAUAGAGCCGAAAGAGGACGAAGAAUCUGAACCGUCGCGUGCGAACACGAACCGUCGCGGCGCGAGAAGAGAGGGCAUCCUCGGCGUCAUCGACGACGCGUUGACGCCGACGCUCUCGGGCGCGUUCAUAUUUACACCGGUCCCCGUACGACCCCGUUCGCGUGGUGAACGCCGAUCCUUAAGGACUUCAUCUCCCGGCGUGUCUCUCCGCCCAGGGUCCCUCGCUUUCAAUCCCGACACGCCUCGACGCCUUUCAACUCCGCUUCUGACGCCUUUCAACUCCACCCCGACGUUCGCUCGUAUGGAACGGCCCUCAUCAGAAGACGAUCGCCGCGUCGCGUUCGACGCCGCCGCCGCCGUCGAACGCCGCCACCCGCUCGCGCUCGCGCACUUCGCGAACCACCCGCCGGGGGGCACGUCCCCGAACGUCGCCGUCGCGUCCGUGGACGUCGUGUUCGAGGAGGAGGAGGAGGAGGAGGAGGACGCGGGCGCCGCUGAGGCGGGGACUGCCGAGGGGCCGCGGUCGUCGACGACGGACUCUGUGGACGCGUCGCUCAGGCCGUACCUCCCGAACGUCGGGAUCGGGAGCUGGGGCGUCCCGACGCGCGGGUGGGAGCUGGAGGAGGGAACCCUAGACUCUGAGCAAAAUAAGACCGGGGGGUUCGCGGGGCUGCUGCGCCGACUCUUCGGCGAGGACGACGACGACGACGACGAUUUUGAGACGAAGGCGAGGAAAAAAGCCGCCGACUCCGAGGCGGCGCGUCGACGGAACCGCGUCGUCGUCCCGACGCUCGCGCUCGUCGCGCUCGAGGCGCUUCAGGACGAGGAGGUGUUUCUGAACUAUCGACUCAGCACGCACGUGAAGAGGCCGGAGUGGUACGUGCCCGUGGACCCGGCGGAAGACGCGCGACGCUGGGCCAGCGACUGAUGAGACUGGUGACGUGAAUAGAGGAUAGCCUUUUUUUUUGGUUUGGCAUAAAACGCAUCUGGCUUC